GGCUUGUUAGAGCUUGUUAUGACUGUAAGCGUCGCUUUGGUCUGAGUGCUUUGGUGUAGAUACAGCUAGCGUCUGCUACACCACGAGGUCGAAACGCACCCAAUCGUCAUAUAAUUCAGACUUUGCAAUAUCCAGACGACAAUAUGACUGACAAAAAUCUGAUGGAAAACUGUGAUCACUGCAGUGAUGAUGAUUCUCAGACCUUGGAGUAUUUGAAAUCACAGGGAGACCAUCCAGAAAGUGAGAAAUUGCCAGAGAGUGCACUGGAACAAGUAUCAGAGAAUGUGCAAGAAAGGGUCCUUGAGAAAUUACCAGAAAGUGUGUCCGAAAACAGACCACAGAGAGGUCCUGAGAAUGUACAAGAAAAUGCUCCAGAGAGUGUACCAGAGAGUGCUCCUGAGAAGUUACCAGAAAGUGUCUCUGAGAAGGUACCAGCAAGUGGCUCUAACAAAAUGCCAGAGACCUGCUCUAAAAAGAUGUCAGAGACUGUCAAAGAGAAGUUGCCAGAAAGAACCACAGAAAAAAAUGGUAACCCUAACAGUACUGGUGAAACUAUAACUGAGAUGGAAGAAGAUGAAAACUCAAAAGACAAUAAGAUAAAUUCUUUUGUUUUUAUGGACUUAGAAACUACAACAUUGAUACAGUAUAACAAACCACUACCCAAAAUAACUGAAAUUGCAUUGGUUGCUGUCAGUCGAGAAGCACUUAUGACAGAGGGAGAUAUUCGCAUUGUAGACAAACUUGUAAUGUGUGUAGAUCCACUGGACCAAAUAGUGCCUAUAGCCAGCCAAAUGACAGGCCUUAGUAAUGAAAGUCUGCAACUCCACAAUAAACAGACAUUUGAUGUGAAUGUGAUGGUAGCUUUGAGACAGUUCUUCAAGCGCCAAAUUCCUCCAAUUUGCAUGAUAGCUCACAAUGGCAACAAGUUUGACUUUCCAAUCCUCAGAGAUGAGCUGUUAAGGGUUCGAGGACAAUUAGACAUUCUCUGUGGUGAUACACUGCAAGCAUUUAUUGAGAUUCGUGACGAAGAGGAGAGAACAGCAUUCAGCAAUUACUAUUCAAGCCCUAUGCGCCAAAAAGGUGACUUGACUUUAAAGAGCCUACACCAAAAAUAUCUUGGGAGUCAAUUUCUCAGUGCACAUUGUGCAGAAAGUGAUGCUAUUGCGCUGAUGAAGAUUGUACAGAAACAGCACCAUACACUACUUAGAUGGUUUGAUAGAAAUGCAGUUCCCUUUAUUACAACCACCUCUGUGCCGCAUCCAAUGCCAAGCCCAUUGACACCUCCAAGAACACCUGUUAAGAAUACUGGCCCCACUAAUGGAAACAGGAAAAGGAAGACAUGUGAUGAUGCAGACUUCGAUAAAGAUUCGGCCAAUGGCAACCAUGUUGUGGUCAAAGCUGUCAAACAAUCCACUAAAUGCCCAAGUACUGCUGUUGCCCAAACUAAUACAAGUGAUGUUAGCAUCGGCCUUCCUCUGACUGAUAUUUCCACAUCUAUAGCAAAUCAACAAACUGUCACUCCAUCACAAGCGAAUGCUAACCACUCUUCAUCUGACACUAGGUCAUCUGACGAAGCAAGGUGCAUGCAAGAUGAGGAUGAUGUGGGAGUGGUGCCAGCUUGCAGCACAUCUUCUGUUGAACGUCCAGCCAUCGAUAUAAGAAAAGACGCAGUGGCUAUAAUUAGCCAAUCAAAUGCAGCAGUGGAAGGUGACCAUGCAUCUACCAGUGACAUGCAAGUUGUCCCAUCAGCUGCUAUAGUACAUGAAGCAGCUGAUCAUGAAGUACCCAAGGCAUUCAUAACUGGUUCAUUGGCAACAAGGUCUUCAACAGUAGCAGAAACAGUAUUGACUGAUGAUGUUACAGAUACGAGUCAUCCUUCUCUUUUUCCUAGCAUGUCGUUUGGAUUUGUGCCAUCUACACAAAACAAUGAUACAAAGUGAUUUACUAAGUUCUCCCACGUGAUGUAUUCUUGUGUUCGAUAGCAUUUAGCAAAGAGUUAACAUUAACUCUACCAGUUGAAACUUAGGAUAGGAUUUAAGCAACAUUCUAGUAAUUAGUUAUACCAUCCCUCAGUUAUACCUGCAUCAAUUGAGCUAUGUGUACAUAUGAAGCUUUAA